GUGACGCGAGAGGCGCUCCCACCCUGCUACCUGUGUAGCAUUGGCCAGCACCUGCACUGCAGGAUACCUGUUGUUACUGUAUCUGUCUGCUCCGGGCUCUGCUGCACCUGCUUUGCGCAAGCUAGAAGAAUGCAUUGGAUUAAAGCACCUUGCUGAUACCUGCUGCCUGGAUCUGUUUUUAUUGCUGAUGUGUGAUUGUUGUACCUAAAGUUUAUUGGUUUAUCACUCACCUUGGGGAAACGAUCUAGCUGGUUGCUGUGGCAUAUACAGGCUGUUUGCAGCAAGUGGGGAAAAACAUCCUAGCAUCUACUCAACUUGAAGGGUAAAGGACUCUAUCAUGGCAGAAAGUGCCACUGGAAAGACCAGCAGUGGUAACUGGUGGAAGUCACUAACAGUUCGUAAAAAGCCCAAAGAGGUUUCAGUAUAUAGUGCUUCAGUUUCUGCUGAUGCCACAGAGGACAGGACAUACACUGGAACAUGGACAGUUGGUAGUGGAGCUCUGAGUUCAUCAACUGGAUCAAGAGAAAAUCAGCACCCUAACUAUAUAUCUAUUGAAGGUACAGACAGUGAUCCUAAAUCAGACAAGAUGUUCAGUGAGAAGACAGGUCGCAGAAAUCUUAAGAUCUCCCGAUCUGGACGAUUUAAGGAGAAAAGGAAGGUUCGUGCCAGUUUACCUGAAAGCCCAAAGUUCUUUGAGGAGAACCCUUCUAAUGAAAAUGAUGAGAGACAAUGAGCUUUUAAAAUAGCCUGCAAUGGGGUGUGUAUCAAGAAACAACCAUGAGCAUCCAUGACCAAGGGCUUUGAUUGGGUAAAUCUCUUCCAAUGGUUCCAUGAAGUCCGCAAAGUAGGAACAUGCGUGUUGAUGGCAAAACCUUAUUUUUUUUAUAUCCUUUACAUAUAACAUAUUUGGGAUACCAUACUAGUGAACCAGAUCCAAGUGCCUUAUAAAUCAUUUGACAUGUCGGGAGUCUGACACACCUUUCAAUGACUGGAGGAAAUAAUUUAGUUAACACUGUAGUUUACACUGUAGGGAUAAUUAAGUGGAUAUUAAAUGGAUAAAGUAUAUUUUGACUUCUCAGAUAAUUCAUCCCUCAUCAAAAUAUGGAUAACAAAAAUGUGCUUUGUGGACUUAAUAAUGUACUUAUUUAGCUUAUUUCACACUGUUGUUUGAACCACUAUGGUCAAAUGUAUCCAUUAGGAGCUAAGUUGUGGAAAACAAAAAUGACUAAGGAAAAUAAAAAGACUGAACUAAUAUUUUUUUAACAGAAGACUACCACCUAUGUUCAUUAAGUGUGCUAAUUCCUUGUUAUGUAGCUGGGAAUUAAGGCGUCCUAUUUGAUGAACACACACAAUAUAAAUAUUUGUAUGUGUGUAUGUGUAUAUAUAUGUAUAUAUAUAUAUAUAUAUAUAUAUAUAUAUAUAUAUAUAUAUAUACACAUAUAUAUUAUUUUUUUCUAAUUUGCUUAAUGCACAAUAUAAAGUCUCGUCAAUGAAGACUUUUUAAUUGACAGGAAAUGGACUGUCAAUUUUCAUUUUAUCAAUAUAUUGUGAUUGAUAAAUUCUUUAAAUAUUUAUUUCUUGAAAUAAGUGAAGGAAUAAUUUUCCAGUUGAUUUUUACAUUUUAACAACGAGGAGAGAAACUGCUUGUGUUUUUUUUUCUUCGUUAUGGUCAUUGCUAUUACAAUUCAGUGCUUACCAGAAUAAUUUUGUUCUGAUUCAGAACUUUAUAAAGAAUCACUCUUCUUUUAAAUGCACUUUGAACUGGAAUAUGUUGAUAGUUUUCUAGUUGUGUAUUUAGGGAGGGACUGCUUUUGUAUGUUGGGGGAAAAACAAAGUUUUGAUCAAACAUUUUGUAAUUUGCAUCAAUGUAUUGAGAUAAUGUGAACAUUGUUGCAACUGUGUUAAUCAAUAUUAAAAUAUUGAAAAGAUAUGUAAGAAA